AUGGCCUCUUCGAUUCCCAGCACCUACAAACAGGCGGUCUUCAAGGAACAAGGCGCGGGCCUAACCUUAGAAGAGGUUACACUGAAUCUCCCCAAGCGCGACGAGAUUCUAGUCAAAGUCGAAGCCUGCGGCGUGUGCCAUUCGGACCACUUUGCGCAAACGAACCUCAUGGGAGGAGGAUUUCCCCUCGUUCCCGGUCAUGAGAUCAUCGGACGCGUGGCGGCCGUUGGGGAGGGCGAGACUGUUUGGAAGGAAGGAGAUCGGAUUGGAGGUGCAUGGCACGGUGGGCACGAUGGUACCUGCGGGGCAUGCAAGAAGGGCUUCUUCCAGAUGUGCGAUAAUGAGCAGAUCAACGGCAUUUCCCGAAAUGGCGGCUAUGCCGAAUAUUGUCUCAUCCGCCGCGAAGCCGCCGUGCACGUUCCUGACCAUGUCAAUGCUGCCAAAUACGCACCUAUGCUCUGUGCUGGUGUAACGGUCUUCAAUUCGAUGCGCAAAAUGAACAUCCCCCCUGGUGAAGUGGUCGCCAUCCAGGGUCUGGGCGGACUCGGCCAUCUUGCCCUCCAGUAUGCGAACAAGUUUGGCUACCGUGUCGUGGCACUCUCGCGAGACUCCACAAAGGAGGAAUUUGCACGAAAGCUGGGGGCACAUGAGUAUAUUGACACGAGUAAAGAGGAUUCCGUCGCUGCUUUGCAGAGACUUGGUGGCGCUUCGCUAAUCGUGUCUACGGCACCUGUGCCGGAGAUCAUUAACCCGCUAAUUCAGGGCCUCGGUGUGAUGGGGAAACUGUUGAUUCUGUCAAUUGUUGGUGGUAUUGAGGUGCACACUGGAAUGUUGGUUGGAAAGGGUAAAUCCAUCUGGAGCUGGCCCAGCGGUCAUGCCACCGAUUCCGAGGAAGCCAUCGCGUUUGCCGACCUACAUGGCAUCGAUUGUAUGGUAAAGGAGUUCCCUUUGGAGCAGUGCAACGAAGCAUUCGCGGCUAUGAUGGAGGGAAGUGUGCGGUUCCGUGCCGUCAUCACCAUGUAG